AUCUUGGGCUGCCGCCGCCGCCGCCGCUACUGCCCGCGCGCAGCCGGGCCGGCCCAUUUCUCGGCAGGGAGAGCCGGGCCGGCCCAUCGGCGGGGGUGGGGCAGAGGGGAGAGGGAUGGGAGCGUCCCCAACCAGCGCCCGGGGACCCGCGCGGCGGAGGCGCUGUGCCCGCCCCCGGGGCUAGACUUCCGGAACCAGCCCUCAUCUCUAUUGGCUAGUCUGCGAAGCAAGGCCCACCCCCUUGGCUUUGGGGUUGGCUGAGGAAAGAUCUUCCGGUGACCCACUUCCGUUAUUUGCUGCGGUGGACCGUGGGCAGCCGGGGUCGGUGAAGGAUCCCAAGAUGGCUGGGCGAAAACUUGCUCUAAAAACCAUUGACUGGGUAGCUUUUGCGGAGAUCAUACCCCAGAACCAAAAGGCCAUUGCUAGUUCCUUGAAGUCCUGGAAUGAGACCCUCACCUCCAGGUUGGCUGCUUUACCUGAGAAUCCACCAGCUAUCGACUGGGCUUACUACAAGGCCAAUGUGGCCAAGGCUGGCUUGGUGGAUGACUUUGAGAAGAAGUUUAAUGCCCUGAAGAUUCCUGUGCCAGAGGAUAAAUAUACUGCCCAAGUGGAUGCCGAAGAAAAAGAAGAUGUGAAAUCUUGUGCUGAGUGGGUGUCUCUCUCAAAGGCCAGGAUUGUAGAAUAUGAGAAACAGAUGGAGAAGAUAAAGAACUUAAUUCCAUUUGAUCAGAUGACCAUUGAGGACUUGAACGAAGCUUUCCCAGAAACCAAAUUAGACAAGAAAAAGUAUCCCUAUUGGCCUCACCAACCAAUCGAGAAUUUAUAAAACUGAGUCCAGGAGGAAGCUCUGGCCCUUGUAUUACACAUUCUGGACAUUAAAAAUAAUAAUUACACAGU